ACGGUGAGUUGUUGUAUGGCCGAAACAAGCUGAAGCAUGGCAGGUACCGGCAGAGCUGUGGUAUUCGUUACCGGGAACGCGAAAAAAUUGGAAGAGGUAGUUCAGAUCCUUGGUGACAAAUUUCCCUACAAACUGAUUUCUAAGAAGAUUGACUUGCCUGAAUAUCAGGGGGAACCAGAUGAUAUUUGUAUACAGAAGUGUCAAGAAGCUGCAAGGCAGGUGAAUGGGCCAGUGCUGGUAGAGGACACCUGUCUGUGCUUCAGAGCACUCGGAGGACUACCUGGACCUUACAUAAAAUGGUUCUUGGAUAAACUGAAGCCAGAGGGAUUGUAUAAAUUGCUAGCAGGUUUUGAGGAUAAAUCAGCGUGGGCUCUGUGUACAUUUGCUUUCUGUACUGGAAAAGAUGAGCCAGUUCAGCUGUUCAGAGGAAAAACCGAGGGCCGUAUUGUAGAGCCCAGGGGCCCAAGAGAUUUUGGCUGGGAUCCUUGUUUUCAGCCUGAUGGCUUUGAAAAAACUUAUGCUGAGCUCCCUAAAGAAGUGAAGAACAGCAUCUCCCAUCGGUACCGUGCCCUGGCAGCCUUGUCGGAACACUUCUCCCAGCUUAACGACGCACCGGAGACCAAGCGCACAAAACACCAAGACUGAGUACUGUUCUCUUUCCAAGCAGAUUCAGCCAAUCGGAGCUUAGUUUGGCUCAUCAGGCUCUGGCACAAAUCGAAGCACUAAUGUGCUGCUCAUAAACGGUUUGAAAUGUAAUCCAUCCUUAUUGUCUUUUAAAUAAAUGUUUUGUUU